ACUGAACUGAAUACCGAAACUGAAACUGUUUUUCUCUUCCUGGCAAUCGAGCAAACCUGAAAGCUACUCUCUGAGCUUCAGAGGGAAAAAAUGACUAUAGAUAUCUGGACUUGGGAGCAGACAUUUCAAGAACUAAUCCAAGAGGCAAAACCCUGGGCCACAUGGACGCUGAAGCUGGAUGGGAACCUUCAGCUAGACUGCCCAGCACAAGGGUGGAAGCAAUACCAACAGAGAGCAUUUGGCUGGUUCCGGUGUUCCUCCUGCCAGCGGAGUUGGGCUUCUGCCCAAGUGAAGAUUCUGUGCCACACAUGUUGGAACCACUGGACAUCACAGGGCCAGGUGCAUGUGAGGGUCUUUGGCCAAAGGUGCCAGAAGUGCACCUGGUCCCAAUAUGAGAUUCCGGAGUUCUCCUCGGAUAGCACCACGAGGAUUCUGAGCAACCUGGUGCAGCAUAUAUUGGAGAAAUACUACAGAAAUGGCGUGAGGAAGUCUUCAGAAAUGCCAGUAAUCCCGGAAGUGCCCCUGGAUGGGUCCCAUGACACAGCCAAUUGUGAGGCAUGUACUCUGGGCGUCUGUGGUCAGGGCUUAAAAAGCUACAUGACAAAGCCAUCCAAAUCCCCACUCUGCCACCUAAAUAUUCGGAGUUCCUCACCUGGAGUUGGUGUGUACAUCCCAAACCAAGCCAAGAACCCGUUAGCUGGGGCAAAGGAGGCUAAGGGGAGUCAGUAUGAGAAAUCAGGGCCCAGUGAUGGCUCAGAUCCAUCGGUCAUCUUUGUCAUUAUUCUGCUGUUUGUCUUUAUUGUAGUCAAAUGCUUUACAUCAGAAUGAUGGAAAUAGGCUUGCCACUUCUCUGGUUUUAAUUCUAUGGAAACCAAUGAACUGGCUGCCAUUUCAAUAUGACUGAGAAUUCACUGUGAGACUAAGCAGGAUCAAGUUUGUAGAUAAACACUGGUUUCCUAGAUAUUCUCUGAAAAUCAUGUAAAACAUGACCAAGUACAUGAUGGAUUUAGUAAUAAAUAUUAUUGGAUUUCUAAAAA